GGGCUCGCCCCUUACGGUUGAUCUGAGGCGACUUCUUUGCGGCGGUGCGAAGGAUAGGAAAGUGUCAGUGUGAAGAGAUCCAACAUGAUGAAACUCAAAAGUAUGGUUCUCAGAGUAGCAGCUUGUGAGGAUGGCAGGGAAUGGAUAUGUGAGAUCCGUAGGAAGGCAUGAAACAUAACAGCAGUCUCGAUCAUUCGCCCUGUAUUUGGACUACGUGGAGCUUUUCUGUGAGGCAAACAACAUCACUAAGGUCUCAGGAAAGGACACAGAGGGAGGAACAUGAUGAUGUGUGAGGAGAGGAAAGCGAUACAGCUGCUCUUAGUAUGGCUGAAGACAUAUGAGACACAGUGAUGCACCAUGCCUAUAGUAGACAAAUUGAAAGAAGCACUGAAGCCCGGACGAAAAGAUUCUGCUGACGAAGGUGACCUCAACAAACUGCUGGCAGCUUCAGCUAAGAAGGUUCUUCUUCAGAAAAUUGAAUUUGAGCCUGCCAGCAAGAGCUUUUCCUACCAGCUAGACUCACUGAAGAGCAAAUAUGUCAUUUUGAACCCAAAACCUGAAGGGGCUACUGGUGAGCAAAAUGCUUGUUCUGCCCCAACAAAGAAACAGGUUUAUGAAACAAGCAGCAUUCCAAAUGACGGCAUCCCAGCACCUCAGAAAAUUUUAUUUCCUAUGGAAAAGCUGUCCAUGAAAUGGGUGCGUGUGUACAGAGUUGGAGCUGGAUUGCACAACCUUGGGAAUACCUGCUUCUUGAACUCCACUAUACAAUGCUUGACGUAUACACCACCGUUGGCCAAUUACCUCCUCUCGAAAGAGCACAGUAAGACAUGUACUCAGGCUGGGUUUUGUAUGAUCUGCAUCAUGCAGAACCAUCUGAUACAGGCCUUUGCCAAUAGUGGAAAUGCUAUCAAGCCGUUGUCAUUCAUUCGUGAAUUAAAAAAAAUAGCAAGACAUUUUCGAUUUGGGAAUCAAGAAGAUGCACAUGAAUUUUUAAGAUACACCAUUGAUGCAAUGCAGAAGGCUUGUCUCAACAGCUAUACCAAGCUGGAUCGACAAACACAAGCUACUUCAUUAGUUCAUCAGAUCUUUGGCGGAUACCUUAGAUCACGUGUUAAGUGUUCCAUGUGCAAGAGUGUAUCGGAUACGUAUGAUCCUUAUUUGGAUAUUGCCCUUGAAAUAAGGCAAGCACCCAACAUUGUCCGAGCUCUUGAACUCUUUGUGAAACCUGAUUUUCUUAGUGGAGAGAAUGCUUACAUGUGUGCAAAGUGCAAGAAGAAGGUGCCAGCUACCAAACGCUUCUCCAUUCAUAGAGCAUCAAAUGUUCUGACACUUUCCUUAAAGCGAUUUGCAAACUUCAGUGGUGGCAAAAUCACAAAGGAUAUUGGCUACCCUGAACAUUUAAAUAUACGUCCAUAUAUGUCCCAAACCAAUGGUGAGCCUGUCAAUUAUGGGCUGUAUGCAGUGUUGGUACAUUCUGGAUACAGUUGUCAUGCUGGUCACUACUACUGUUAUGUGAAGGCUAGCAAUGGUCAGUGGUAUCAGAUGAAUGAUUCAAUGGUCCAUUGUAGUAACAUCAAAGUGGUGCUGAACCAGCAGGCUUAUGUCCUUUUCUAUCUGAGGAUGCCAAACGCCAAGAGUAGUGUGGAUGAAGUGUCAAAGCAGAAUUCUAUUCAGCAAACUGUCAAGACCAGCAACGGCACAACUGUGCCAAAGAAACCUAUACAGAAUGGAUAUUUGGGCUCUCCUCUGAUGAUAAAGAAACCAGAGUCUCAGCAAGCAAAACUCCAAGCAUCUGGGAAUGUUGGCGUGCCCGUGCCGAGAACCACUAUUAGCCAAUCACCAAGGCUUCCAGGGAAACCAACAAAUCCACAGACUUUCAUAGAUGAAUCACUGAAGAAGAUUAAGAAAUCUUUACCUCAGCUGCAACCAAAAUCUUCUCAGGGCCAGUCAGCUAAUGGUUCAAGUAGCAGCAGACCUCUAGAAAGUACAAAGGUGUCUACACCAGAAAGCAAGGAUCUGCCUUCAUCUACCUCAUUGAAGUCAUUGGCAUCCACUGGUGGAGCAGAGCAGAAAGGAAAGGAAGGCCCCCAGAACCAGCAAAAAGGCAUCGGCAGCCCCAAAUGUGUAGUGAAUGGGAGCAAUACUACAAAGAAUAAUCAGCAGUCUGAGCCAGAAGAGUCUGAUUCUGAAUCUCAGGCACACAGCUCUGGUAAUGAGAGGACUGAGAGCAGCACUGAGGAACAGGGAGUGGCCAAGAUAAAGCCCCAGUUACUUGCAGAAGAGCAAUCCAGUACCAUGUCACCACCUCCAGCAAAGAGGCUCGCUCUGUCGGCCAAAAAGGCCACCACCAGCUGGAAGGUGACAGAAAAUGAGCCACGCUCCCCAUCACUACUCUCAUCAGUCCACAAAGCAAAAUUAAUGAAUAAAGGCCACCCAUUUCCUUCUGCAAACAAAACUAGGACUUUCCCACCAACUCCAAAAAUGCAGAUUUCCCAACAAACAGGAUUUUGUUCUUCAUCUAAAAUCUCUAAAAAGUCAUGUAGUUCUAGUUACUCUGAGUCGCAGCUACAGUCAUCAAAAGCCAAGGAAGCAACUGGGCUACCCUGUUUUCCAGUUGAUGGCAGUGCUACCUCAUUGGAAAAGAAUAGUGUAUCCAGUAAGAGUACUGGAAAAAUGUGCAAUUCUAAGACUGAAUUGGCAAAUGAGCCACACAGACUUAGCAUCGCCAACUCCAUGGACCCAUACAACAGUAGUAAAAGGAAAAAGAAAAAACAUAAAUCCACUUUGAAAAGGGAUGCGAUUUCUUUUGAUUCUGAAUCAACUGUCCAGACAAACUGUGAUGAAGCUGCCAAGACUCACAGCAAACACAAAGGCAAGAAAAAGCGACAUACGGCAGAAGAGAAUGGUGGUGCAUGUGACCGACUGCAAAAUGAGAAGAAUGGUUCAGGAAGGCUCAUCCAAAUGAAAGUUAAGAAAAAAAAGAAGCGUAAUAAGCAUGUCAAAGUAUCUGAAGCAAACCACCUUGCCGAGACUGCUGUUGAAAGUUAUUCAAUGCAGGAUGAACUACAGGCUGAAGAGGAUCUGGAAAUACCUGAAAAUUUUGAACUGAAAAAGAAAAACCAUGAAGCGAAAGAUGGCAAAAAAAGUGAGAAAAAACGCAGGAAACGAAAGAGAAGCAUGAGUUUAGAUGAAUAUUCAGAACCUCCAACAGAGCAGCCAGCAAAAAGAAAAACUGGAAGUCAACAAGCUCCAGUUAUCUUAUGGGACAGUCAGAUCAUGGGUGGCUUUAGACGCUCUCAGAAUUAUUCUGGUGAGGGCAAAGCUGCAGAGCCCAUUUCAAGCCUGGCCCAGGAUGUGAAGAAGGGAUCCACUGUAAUUGAAGAGCUCUUGAAACAUUCAAGCAACAAAGCUUAUGGAACUGAAGUGCUGACUUGGGGAGGGGCAACAUCAGCGAUCAGUGAGGAUGCCAUCAAUUAUGUAAAAAAUGCAAAAGAAGAGCGUGUCAUUGAUGAAUGGGAUGAAGAAUUCGAUCGGGGAAAGGUCAAAAAGAUGAAGAAAUAUAAAAGAGAAAGAAGGAGAAGCUUUAAUGUUUUCCAGAGAAUGCAAAACAGAAGGAAUUUUUGGUCGACCACUCACAAUCGAAAGUUUUCCAGGUUUUGAA